GAUGACGACGCGUAUCUUCACACGUUAGACGCUCCACCCGCCUUUGGGGUUAUCAAGCUUGAGCUCUGGGAAGCCGACAUCCGGAAUGUCAGACGGACUGAGUUUCGACACCAGUACGGCUCGACCGUCCUCGAGGGACAGACGAUCCACGAGAGGUCCAAGAAAGCCGGCGCUCAUCACGUCAAGUGUGUCAGCCGCCCACCUACCCUCCAAGUCCUUCACUCAGGCUGAUUGCGUAGAUUUGGUGGAGAGUACGUCGUUGCCCCGCGGCAGGUCAACAUGAUCGACGCCCAACGUAAAGGCUCGGAGGCUCUGGCGACGUUUACAUUCAACUACCGGCCUCGUGACAUACUCAUGGCUGGAGGUAUCAUCUCGUCACCCGUUCCCUCGCCGGUGAAAACCGAGCCAGUAGAUUCGCAGAUCCUUGGUCUAGAAGCACAGUUGAGAGCUCUGCGCGCGCAGAAAUCUGCAGGUUCGGCGCCGAGGGUUUCGACUAUGGCACAUCCACGAACUGGGCAGUCGGUGCAGGUCAUCGAUCUGACUGAUCUAUAAUAAGUACUGUCUGCGCGUCCCGAUCAACAACUACCCUGGAGUCUUAACGCCUCAUCUGUAUUCACUCACAAUUGCUUGUAUCUUAUCAUGCAUGUACUCCCUCGCAUUCGAUCUGCUGUCCUGCAUUGGCUGUCCCAUCCGCAGUCUGGGGGUUACAGCCCCAUUGAUGAAAGGAUCUCUCUUCCAGACAACCAAGUGACCGUCAAGCAAAAGACCUGAGAUUCAUAGUCCAAUGUUCCGGGAUUGCAGUUUUUCGGUUCGAUACACUCGUCUCGAUGGACAAAAUCCGUAUUGCCAGAGACGUGAAGGCUUGAUACUCGCACUAGAAUUGUCAAGGAAUUCGAGAGCUGCUCAAGCACGUUUGAGUCAGCCGACCAAUCUCGCGUGUUCCGACAUGAGCCGAUGAUUUGACCAGCGAUCAAAGAGCUGUAUUUGCGAAAGAUGGCGGGAAAUGCGUUUUAGGGACGAGCUGUUCUUACACUACGUACCAUCAGGAUUUGUUCCGUUGAUUCACCGGUUGUACCAGUCGGGUUUGCAGCAGAGACAUCCAUCAUCGGCUUUAACUUGCAGACUGAUCUUCCGUUUCCUCCAUAAUGGCCGCAUCAGCCUUUGCAAGACAAGGGCGAAAGAUUGUCGCCAUUGGCCGCAACUACGCCGAACACAUCAAAGAGCUCAACAACACCGCUCCCAAGGAACCGUUCUUCUUCCUCAAGCCGACGACGAGCUACGUGCAGUCCGGUGGCAGGGUGGAGAUCCCCACCGGGAUCAUGGCGCAUCACGAGG